AUGGAAGACGACGGUGGAGAGAGUUCGAGUUUCGUUGUCGGUCUCAUCGAGAACAGAGCGAAAGAGAAUCGGACAGGGGAGCUUAUGAAUAUUGCUCUGGUUAUCACUUAUGAAAAGAAAACGGGAAGUUCUCUUAUGGUUGGAUUAGCUGCUUUCGAUUUGAGAUCAGCUUCACUGCAUCUUUCUCAAUAUAUUGAAACUAGCAGUUCAUAUCAAAACACAAAGACGCUACUGCAUUUCUAUGAUCCCGUAGUGAUCAUUCUUCCUCCAAACAAGUUAGCCUCCAAUUGCUCCAGUGCAGUUGCAGAAUUGGUUGAUAGAUUGUACGGUUCGGUCAAGAAGGUAGUGCUGCCCCGUAGUUGUUUUGAUGACACGAAGGGUGCUAUUUUGAUAAAAAACCUUGCCGCCAAGGAACCUUCAGCACUUGGUUUGGACACUUAUUAUAAGCAGUAUUAUCUCUGCUUGGCUGCUGCUGCUGCCACUUUAAAGUGGACGGAAGCAGAAAAAGGGAUUGUUGUUACCAAUUACUCAUUGUCGGUCACCUUUAAUGGAUCAUUUGAUCACAUGAAUAUUGAUGCGACCAGUGUCUAUAAUUUGGAAAUUAUUGAGCCAUUUCAUUCUAACCUACUGGGAACAAGCAACAAAAAGAGAAGUCUGUUUCACAUGCUCAAAACAACGAAAACUAUUGGAGGGAGUAGACUGCUUCGUGCCAAUCUGUUGCAGCCUCUAAAAGAUAUUGAGACAAUCAAUGCUCGACUUGAUUGCCUACCAAAAAAAGUUACAGCUGAGGCCUUGGCAGUCGAUCGGGCAAAAAAGAGUCAGGUGCUAGUAUCUAGUGUGAUCCUUCUUAAGACUGCUUUGGAUGCCCUUCCGUUACUAUCUAAGGUGCUCAAGGAUGUGAAAAGUUCCCUUCUUUCAAAUAUCUACAAGUCAGUUUGUGAAAAUGAGAAGUAUGAUCUUAUUAAGAAAAGGAUAGGGGAGGUUAUUGAUGAAGAUGUACUUCAUGCACGUGUUCCUUUUGUUGCCUGCACCCAACAAUGCUUUGCUGUUAAGGCUGGAAUUGAUGGUCUCUUGGAUAUUUCACGAAGAUCAUUUUGUGAAACAAGUGAAGAAAUUGGUGUUACUCUCACAGCCAUCCACAAUCUUGCAAACAAUUAUCGAGAGGAUUUUAAGUUGCCCAAUUUAAAGCUUACCUUUAAAAACAGGCAAGGAUUCCACUUUGUAAUACCACAGAAGAAUAUUCAAGGAAAGCUUCCAAGCAAGUUCAUUCAGUUGAAUGCUAGGAAUAAAUCUGCAGCCGCAGAAUGCUAUACAAGAACAGAGGUUUGUCUGGAAGAACUUAUGGAUGAUAUUCGUGAGAAUGUCUCUGUGCUGACACUGCUAGCUGAAGUCUUGUGCUUGCUGGAUAUGAUUGUCAAUUCAUUUGCUCAUAUGAUAUCAACUAAGCCUGUUGAUAGAUAUACAAGGCCAGAAUUUACAGAGAAUGGGCCAUUGGCAAUUGAUUCUGGUAGACACCCAAUCCUGGAGUGCAUACACAACGACUUUGUUGCCAAUGAUAUAUUUCUGUCGGAAGCCUCAAAUAUGGUGAUUGUAAUGGGCCCCAAUAUGAGUGGAAAGAGUACAUACCUUCAACAAGUGUGUCUCAUAGUUAUUCUUGCUCAAGUAGGGUGUUAUGUCCCUGCUCGUUUCUCAACUCUCAGGGUAGUUGAUCGUAUGUUUACGAGGAUGGGUGCUGUUGAUAAUCUUGAAUCCAACUCUAGCACGUUCAUGACAGAGAUGAAAGAAACAGCUUUUAUCAUGCAGAAUGUCACGCGAAGGAGUCUGAUUGUUAUGGAUGAACUUGGAAGGGCUACUUCGUCCACGGAUGGAUUUGCAAUGGCGUGGAGUUGCUGCGAACAUCUUUUGUCACUUAAAGCGUAUACCAUAUUUGCCACUCAUAUGGAAAACAUAUCGGAGUUAGUAACGUUGUAUCCCAACGUGAAAAUUCUUCACUUUCAUGUCGACUUAAAGAACAACCACUUGGACUUCAAGGUGUUUCAACUCAAGGAAGGAACGACACGUAUCCCCCAUUAUGGCCUUCUAUUAGCAGAAGUGGCAGGAUUACCAAGUUCGGUUAUUGAGACUGCCAGAAUGAUCACAUCUAGGAUUUCAGAAAAGGCGUCGGCAGACAGUCGAAAUGCUUAG